UGGAGAGCAGGGACACAAAAGAAGAGGUAGUGAGCAGCUACUGCCACCAAGGUGAAGGCGAAUGAGGGAAUGCGAUACGAACUGGCAGACUGGGAAGUGAUUCUAGUGUGAUAAAGGAAGAGGUGAAAAGAAAUAUAAGGCUAGAUUUUGAAGGCUAUUUUCUUUUUGGAUUUGCUGCCUCAAGGAGAGAUAAUAUUUGUUAGAGCACCCCUUCAUCAUGGUGGACUUAUUCAUUGACCGGGUCCUGUUAAAGAACAACAAGGACCAAGAUGAGCUGGACACAGAGCGUGAGAUCAUCAUGCGCCUGCAGAACCGAAUCCUGAUGCUCUUCUUUGCUUCUGCUACGUGUGAGACCUGCAGGCAGUUUGCGCCCACGCUCUCUGACUUCUACAAACAGUUGACAGAUGAGUUCUACGUGGAUCGUGCUGCUCAGCUGGUUCUCCUGUACAUUAGUUUGGACCAGUCAGAGGAAGAGCAAGAAGGUUUCCUCAAAGAGCUCCCCAAAAGGUGCCUGUUCCUGGCCUAUGAGGACCCCUACAGGAGGGAGCUGGAGGCUAUGUUUAACGUGGAGGAGGUGCCCACAGUGUUGGUGCUGCGUCCCAACUGCUCCAUCCUCAUCCCUAACGCCGUGGAUGAGAUACUCCGCCUUGGAACAGACUGCUACCACAACUGGCAGGAGGCAGCAGAGCUCAUUGACAGGAACUUCAUGAACAAAGAGGACUUUGAGGAGAAGUCCAUGCGCAGCUUCAGCGACCCUGUGAGAAGACUGAAGUAUAAGGUGGAAGAUGAAAAGAAGAAAAAGAAGAAGAAAAAGCGAAAGGGGUGGGGUGGAGGUGGAGAUGAAGGUGUGGAGGCGGAUGGAGGAGCGGGCGACAAGGAAGGAGGGGGAUCACCAUGGUGAUGGAGAGCAAGAACGGGAGAAAAACACUGCUGAUUUGCCUAAAACUUGCUGCUGUCCUUCACAGCAAAAAAUAUCGCAGAUAUUUCAGUAGAAAUGUGAAGCUGACCUUAUUGUGACUGGCUUUGCUUCAGUGGUACAAAGAUCGUGGUCCUACAACAGCUCCAGUGUACAGUAUGUGGGCAGCAAACAACAAAAAGAAAUAUAACACUAUCUGCAGGAACACUCACAGCUGCUUUGAUUUGGCUGUAUUUGAUGUCUCUGAAUGCUGCCAAGUAUACAGUCGAGACAAGGUUUGGUCUGAGCCAAGUCUUGCCAUUACGGCUUGUUUUAUUACACACUGGAGAUGAUUAUAACCAUUUCUCCAUUCUCAACAACACGGCUCUGUAAUGCACUUUUUUUAAAAUGAUAAUUUGUGCGUCCAAUCAAAACACACCAUGCAUAAUCUGAAAUCAAUGAAUUAUUCAGCGCCAUUAAAAUAAUUUUGUUAGUGACUGUUUUGCUUUGAGUGUUUGUGAAGUCUAGCUGCACUUUACAGACUACACAAGCAGCAAUCAGAGCUAUUCAACAGGAGUCAAGUGAAAUCAUGGAGAAACUGGCUUUACUACACUAUCAUUGAGCUACUUUGACUGUAAAUCAUCUUCUCACAUAAUGAAGACCACAUCCAGGCUUUGCACACUUCCUUGUGCAUGCAGGCUAAUCUGAUGAAGCUUUCGAUUGAUCAGGCAAGAUCUUCCUUUGCAACAGUUCCUUCUCUUUGUGACAUUUUCUUCCUUCCUCUAUAUCCUCUAAGUGACCCAUGCCUUAACUACAUGCUGCCAGUACUUCUAAAAUACAAGUACAAAAAGCUAAGGCAGAAUGACAGUAAUCACAGUAAUCACAGCUGCAGCACUGGGGUUGAAAUGCAUCUCAGAGACAGAGAAGGAAGCCAGAGUAUCAUCAGGUGUCAUCAGGUUUGAUUGCUAUGGAUUGAUGUGCUUUAGAAAAGGCAGAGAAAUGA